AAACAUGGAUUUUUAAAAAAUAUUUUAUGCUGCACUGACCCAAUAAAAGGUAUAUUCUUUGAAAAACAAAAGGUUACCUACUGCAGCUUUAAAUCAAAACCUCCAGUCUAAACAAACACUCAGUAGACUACAAAUGAGACACACGCUCUGCGCAAGUGUGGCGCAGUCAGUGCCCUCCUGAGCUCGACCAUGCUCACAGAGCAGAAGUACUUGCAUGCAGCUGGCCACCGCCUCGCAUUGCGCUACUCUGCAGAGACUAUGUAGACCUGCUCACAGUAAAGACACUAUGAUGGCCACUCGCCGCGUGCAUGCGCUAACAUAGCACUAUUCAUACCGACAAAUAUGAAUCAUGCAUCUGACGCUUCUCUUCAUUUUGCUCGUGAGCAUCUUCGUUUCCGGGUUGCAGUCUGUAACGACAGCGCCGCGCGUGGAGAAUGAGUCUGCUGGGGAUGCUGUGUCAGUGCGGGUGGAGCAGGAUGCCACUGCACCACCUUCCACACACAAUGGGAGCACCCAGGAGGCUGAACACACCAUCACAUAUCCAUCUCGCCUCAUUUACUACCUUAACGAGGAAUCUGAGAGCACUUACCAUAACCUGAACACUCAGACCAAGAUCCCGGGCCAGCAGGGCCAGGUAGUCCAUUUGGCUCAAGCCAGUUUUCAGCUUGAGGCUUUUGGAUCCAGAUUCAUACUAGACCUCAUAUUAAACAAUGACCUACUAUCCUCCGAUUAUGUGGAGAUUCACUAUGAGGAAGGAAAACCUAUCAUGUCUAAGGGUGGAGAGCACUGUUAUUACCGUGGCCAGGUGAGAGGGAAUGUGGCAUCUCGUGUAGCCCUGUCAACUUGUGACGGCUUGCAUGGCAUGUUUGAUGAUGGCGUUUAUGUGUAUUUUAUUGAGCCUAUGAAACACUCGAUUGAUGGUGCCGCUAGACCCCACAGACUGCAGAGGAUGGCCAGCUUUCUAAGCCCUCAUGACCCCAAGGAUGCAGAUGAGGAGGGCCAGCUGGAUGACAUGGCUUGGCUGCAGCGCAGGAAAAAGCGUGCUAUGCCAAGAAAUGUGUUUGAGGAGAUGAAGUAUAUCGAACUCAUGAUUAUCAGUGACCACAAUAUGUUUAAAAGACAGAAGACCAAGCAGCAAACCCGGAACUUUGCGAAGUCAGUGGUCAAUCUGGUGGAUGCUGUCUUUACAGAACAAUUGAACACACGUGUGGUCCUGGUUGCUAUGGAAAUAUGGACAGACAAGGACCAUAUUCCAAUCGGAGUGAUGCCAUUGGACAUGCUGCGAGACUUCGCAAAAUACCGACAGCAGCACAUAAAACAGCAUGUAGAUGCAGUGCACCUGUUCUCUAAUGUGACGUUUCACUACCGUCAGAGCAGCGCUGCAUUCUUCGGAGGCAUGUGUUCACUCAGCCGUGGGGUUGGAGUGAACGAGUAUGGAUCUGCAUGGACUGUGGCUGUCUCACUGUCCCAGAGUCUGGCUCAGAACUUAGGCAUUCAAUGGGAUCCUGCAUACAGCAAGAAUAAGGAGUGUGGCUGUGUUGACUCAUGGGUGGGUUGCAUCAUGGAGGACACAGGAGUGCAGCACCCACGAAGGUUUUCUAAGUGUAGUAUUUCAGACUAUAAAGAGUUCCUUCUGAAAGGUGGAGGUUCGUGCCUAUUCAAUAGGCCCAACAAGCUUUUUGAGCCGACUGAGUGUGGGAAUGGCUACGUGGAGGUGGGAGAGGAGUGUGACUGCGGUGUAAGAGCUGGAUGCUAUAAGGAAUGCUGCAAAAAGUGUUCUUUGUCAAAUGGAGCACACUGUAGUGAUGGGCCUUGCUGCAACAGCACCUGCCUGUUUUACCCAAGAGGCUUCAGUUGUCGCUAUGCAGUGAAUGACUGUGAUAUUUCAGAGACCUGCUCAGGAGACUCUGGACAGUGCCCUCCUAACCUCCACAAACAGGAUGGCUCAUUAUGCCAUCUUGACCAGGGACGCUGCUAUAGUGGAGAGUGUAAGACCAGAGAAAACCAAUGCAAAUAUGUGUGGGGUCCAAAAUCUGGGGGGUCAGAGAAGUUCUGCUAUGAGAAGUUGAACACAGAAGGAUCUGAGAAAGGGAACUGUGGGGAAGAUGGAGAGAAAUGGAUCCAAUGUGGAAAGCACGAUGUGUUCUGUGGGUAUCUGCUGUGCACUAAUGUUGGGCCAAUACCCCGCAUCGGAAGAAUAAAGGGAGAGAUCACGCCCAUAUCCUUUAACCACCAGGGCCGACUGAUUGAAUGCAGUGGCGGUCAUGUGUUAUUGGAUGAUGACACUGAUCUGGGUUACGUGGAGGAUGGGAUGCCAUGUGGGCCAUCCAUGAUGUGCCUUGACCGUAAAUGUCUGCCCAUCCAAUUCUUCAACAUGAGUGCCUGUCCUACCGGGCCCAACGGCCGCAUCUGCUCAAACCAUGGGGUUUGCAAUAAUGAGGCGACAUGUACGUGUGAUGUGACAUGGGCGGGGACUGACUGCAGCAUACCCGACCCUCCUAAACAGCCCGCUUCCAAUGAAGACGAAGAACCACGGGGACCUAGUGCCACCAACCUGAUCAUUGGCUCCAUCGCUGGAGCCAUCCUGGUGGCAGCCAUAGUGCUGGGAGGGACAGGCUGGGGCUUUAAAAACGUCAAAAAGCGAAGGUAUGAUCCAAACGCAUCCGCCAUCUAGUGGAGAAAAUGGAUGGUGAUCCUCCAAAGCUUCUUAAGUAAUCUACAGCUGGACUACAAUUUUUGCUGCUCUUUCUGACAUUAGUUAUAAAUAUAAUAUAA